GCUUGAUUGCAGUUUGCAGUAUCAGUGUUUUAUAAUUCAUUAUUAUGUCCAACUUUUAUUUUUAAUUAUUCAAGAACUCACGUUAGAAAUCUUUUGUUAAGCACGGAAUCUCGUAAAAUAUAUUUUAAUGACGGAAACAUCUCUAACCAUGUCAUAAUACUCAUCUGUUAGAUAAUUAUAAAAUGGCUGGUUUUGGUGAUUAUACCGGAUAUAAUCGUCCUUUCGGUUUUGAUCCAAACAGAGAAAGUAACGAUUUAUAUGAUACGCGAUAUCAACAAAUAUACGGCUAUCAUACACCAAUGACUGAGGAGUUCCAGGGCCCGCCGCUCGUAAUGGACGAUAUUCCUGAAGAAGAAAAUAAUACCUUUGUAACAACAGCAAUAAGUGUAGCAAGUCUUGUUACAGAAAACCUUUUGAGUCAUCCAUUCAUAGUGCUCAGACGUCAAUGUCAGGUGAACCGAGGUCUUAAAAGUUACCACAUUGUACCAUACACCUUACUGCCCGUUGUUGUAAAACUGCACAGGAGACAAGAGUUAACAACAUUGUGGAAAGGAAUUGGAUCCACUUGUAUUGUUAAAGGUCUUAAUUUGGCCGUAGAAGAUCUAAUAUCAAAGGGUACUAAUUGGCCCAAGGACAUUGGAAAAUGUCAAACAGUCUUACAGUUCCUUCAACAUAUAACUUUAAAAUGUGUCAGUCUAGCUAUAAUCACUCCGUUUUACUCUGCAAGUUUGGUUGAAACCGUACAAAGUGAUAUUGCCAGUGAUAAGCCUGCAUUGUUUGAUGUGUUCCGAGAAGGAUUCCUACGUAUACUAGAAUGGGGAACCCCGAGCAAAGGUAGAAUGCUACCAAUUUGGGCUAUCGUGCUACCUACAGCUGGAUUAGGAGUAUCCAAAUAUCUAGCACAUUUGCUGUUGAGAAAAAUAACAAUAAAAGCUCUUAGAUUCCAACAAAGACAUCGCCAUGAGCUGAGUGAUUCAUAUAAUUCAAACUUUCCCAAAAACACUCAGAACCCACUAAUAGAAGAUAUUAAUUUAAAAGCCAAUAUCUUCUCAUUUAUUACUAUGGAAAUUAUCUUCUAUCCAAUAGAAACUAUUAUCCAUAGACUUCACAUACAGGGUACAAGAACUAUCAUAGACAACUUAGAUACAGGAACAUCAGUUACACCCAUUCUAACUGGCUACGAAGGUUUUAUGGACUGCUAUAAUACAACAAUAUCAAAGGAAGGUGUUUCAGGAUUAUACAAGGGUUUUGGAGCCUUAGUCCUACAAUUAGCUGCACACUUAGCUAUUAUAAAAUUAACAACGAUAGUUGUGACUGAAGUGUCCAAUCUACUGAAACCAGCAAGUACCCCAACUAAUUCUGAUGGUUCAAAUGUCUCACAUCAAAAAUACUUAUUCAAUUAAUCCAUUGGCUUCAUGCUGUCAUGAUUAUUUUUUGAAAUAAGAUAUCAAGUGGCCGAUGUUGCAAGUAAACCUGUUCUAAAAUCUUAUAAUGUUUUAUUACAUGUGUAGUGUCAACAAUUGAUGUUUCUAGAUUUUAGUAUUAGUCGAAUUUUCUUUUAUUUUGUUAUAUAUUAUUCAGCUAGAUGUAAGCAUAGCACAGCUUUUCAUGUAAGUUUAAAAU